CAAGAUUAUCCAGGCGCAGAAUUGGAUCCCUCAAGCAACUCGCGACUCGGCGUGCGAGAUGAUCCUAGAAACCUCCGACAUGCCGAUCCCUACCCCCAAGUUCGGCGCGCAAACAUUGGCGGCUAUGGACAAGACCAUGUACCAGGCACCAUAUAUUGUUACUGCAGCCAUGCUCGUUGCGUUUGCCGAGCGAACAUUACACCGCAAUAUCAUCUUCACCGAGACCUUUAUCUACUAUACUAUGUCUGGUCCAUCAUUGCCUGUCCUAGAGAUGGAUGAAGGGCAGUUGCACUACUGCCUUUCGUAUCGGCACUAAGGUCAUCACAGUCAUCGAUUCCCUGGUGGGCCCUAACGACCGCUUUCGAAGCUCAAUGCAGCCUCGAACUGUGAAGCAGCAUUGGGAGAUUCAGCGGGAUUUGAUUGACGCUCUUUGUGAGCUUUUGCGAUGGCCCAACUCCACCAAAGAUUGGCUACUGAGGCAAGUCCAACAUCACGACCCCAUCCAGCCAGCAAGCAGCACACGGCAGUAUCGCCAGGUAUAUGACGAGAUUCGCACUGGCUCGGGCACCCCUACUCUAUAUCAGCUCGUGCUACAUUGGGCCGCCAACCUCGGCCAGAUCAACUCCGAUGUCAUAAGCAAACUUCCUGAGGAAGGUCAGCUCUGGCUCCUCGCCGUAGGCCCAAUGGCUGUUGUCCUGACAGAGGAGCGACCUGGUACUGGCCUUUUGAUUGUCCUACCGGUCCCAAAAGGAAGCCAACCCUCUCAAAUGAGCAGAUCAGAGACCCUCAUCGCACACAAGUGCGACACAUCACGCUGUCAAUGCUCCACGCCUCUACCGAUAGCAGUUGGCCCAGUUGGUUCGAGCCCAACGCUGAGACGGCUCCGGCCAGAACCUUGGUUGCCUACGAGGUCGAUAGGCUUGGCAAGAGUCCUAUCAUCGGUGCAACUUACUGUCGGCAGCACAGCGCUUCAGGACAAGACGGCAUUGGGCCCAUCCGCCAUCCGCCAUGCACGCUUGUAGCUACGAGCCAAGUAGGCUCGCCUUUCACAACGCAAAUCACGCCGUGUUCAUCGGCCGCUCAGUCUUGAUCGACGAGAGACU